CCUUGAGCCAUUAAGGUAGGUCCCAUCAACUGUGCUCUUCAUCUGGGUGCAAAAGUGCCCGGUUGGUGCACUACUCAUCUGCACCAAAAAAAAUUGAGCUCAUCACAACCAUUCAUUCUCUAGAACACUAUCAACAUGGGUAAGAAGGCUAUUGAUUCCCGUAUUCCGGCACUUAUCCGUAAUGGGGUCCAGCUGAGAGAAAGAAGUUUCUUCUUCAUCGUUGGUGACAAGGCCAGGAACCAAUUACCAAACUUGCACUACUUGAUGAUGUCUGCUGACUUGAAGAUGAAUAAAUCAGUAUUGUGGGCUUACAAGAAAAAAUUGUUAGGAUUUACCUCCCACAGACAAAAGAGAGAAGCCAAGAUCAAGAAGGACAUCAAAAGGGGAAUCAGAGAAGUAAACGACCAAGAUCCAUUCGAGGCAUUCAUCUCCAACCAAAACAUCAGAUAUGUGUACUACAAAGAGACCGAGAAGAUCUUGGGUAACACCUACGGUAUGAUGAUCUUGCAAGAUUUUGAAGGUUUGACUCCAAACUUGCUUGCUAGAACCAUUGAAACCGUCGAGGGUGGUGGUUUGGUCAUUGUGUUGUUGAAAUCUAUGACUUCUUUGAAACAAUUGUACACUAUGUCUAUGGAUAUCCACUCCAGAUACAGAACCGAGGCUCACAACGAUGUUGUUGCUAGAUUCAAUGAAAGAUUUUUGUUAUCUUUGGGUUCUUGCGCAAACUGUUUAGUUGUUGACGAUGAGCUCAACGUCUUACCAAUCUCGGGUGGAAAACAUAUUAAGGCCUUGCCCCCUAAGGACGACGAUGAGUUGUCACCAAAGGCUCAAGAAUUGAAGGAGCUCAAAGAUUCCUUAAGCGAUAUACAGCCAGUUGGUUCGUUGGUCAGCUUGGCCAAAACAGUCAACCAAGCCCAGGCUAUCUUAACCUUUGUGGAUGUCAUCAGUGAAAAGUCUUUGAAUUCUACUGUCACUUUAACUGCUGGUAGAGGUCGUGGUAAGUCUGCUGCUUUGGGUAUUGCUAUUGCAGCUGCUGUUUCUCACGGCUACUCCAAUAUCUUCGUUACCUCUCCUUCUCCCGAGAAUUUGAAAACUUUGUUCGAAUUUAUCUUCAAGGGAUUCGAUGCUUUAGGCUACACAGAACACAUGGACUACGAUAUUAUCCAAUCCACUAACCCAUCUUUUAACAAGGCAAUUGUUAGAGUUGAUAUUAAGAGAGAACAUCGUCAAACAAUUCAAUAUAUCUCGCCUAACGAUAAUCAUGUUUUAGGCCAAGCUGAAUUGGUCAUUAUUGAUGAAGCUGCUGCCAUUCCAUUACCAAUUGUCAAGAGAUUGUUGGGUCCUUACUUGGUCUUCAUGUCAUCAACCAUUAACGGUUACGAAGGUACUGGUAGAUCUUUAUCAUUGAAGUUGAUUCAACAAUUGCGUACGCAAUCAAACCUGUCCGGUAGAACAGACACCGAAAUUGUUUCUAGAGACAACAAGACUGCCGACAGCACUCCAACCUCUAGAUCGCUCAAGGAAAUUGUCUUGGAUGAGCCAAUCAGAUACGCCCCAGGAGAUCCGGUAGAAAAGUGGUUGAACAAGCUCUUGUGCUUAGAUGUUGGAUCAUUGAAGAACUCUAAAUUUUUGACCAAAGGAACUCCACAUCCAUCCAAGUGUGAAUUGUUCUAUGUCAACAGAGACACCUUGUUUUCAUACCAUCCAGUUUCGGAAUCUUUCCUUCAAAAGAUGAUGUCAUUAUAUGUUUCAUCCCACUACAAGAAUACACCUAACGAUCUUCAAUUAAUGAGUGAUGCACCUGCCCAUCAAUUAUACGUUUUGUUGCCACCAAUUGAAGAAGGCGAUAAUAGAAUCCCAGAUCCUUUGUGUGUUAUUCAGUUAGCAUUGGAAGGUGAAAUCUCGAAGGAAUCCGUGAGAAACUCUCUUUCUAGAGGUCAAAGAUCUGGGGGUGAUUUAAUCCCAUGGUUAAUUUCCCAACAGUUCCAAGACGAGGAAUUCGCUUCAUUAUCUGGUGGAAGAGUUGUCAGAAUUGCAACUAAUCCGGAAUAUGCAUCCAUGGGUUACGGUUCAAGAGCUUUGGAGCUUUUGCAAGACUACUUCCAAGGGAAGUUCACCAAUAUUAGCGAAUCUAAUGAUUUGGAUGAUCACACCUUGACUAGGGUUACUGACGCUGAAUUACAAAAUGCAUCCCUCAAGGAUGAAAUUAAAUUAAGAGAUGCAAAGUCUUUGCCUCCUUUGUUGUUAAAGCUCUCCGAAAAAGCUCCUUACUACUUACAUUACUUGGGUGUGUCAUACGGUUUGACUGCUCCAUUGCACAAAUUCUGGAAGAGAUCAGGAUUUGUACCUGUCUACCUCAGACAAACUGCUAAUGACUUAACUGGUGAACAUACCAUGGUCAUGAUGAAUGUGUUAGAAGGACGUGAAAACAACUGGUUGAAGGAAUUCUCCAAGGAUUUCCACAAGAGAUUCUUGCAGCUUUUAUCGUACGAAUUCAAAAAGUUUUCUUCUGUUCAGUGUUUGAACAUUAUUGAAGCUAUUGAAAGUGGUGAAGAAACUUCGAAGACCAAAGAGAUUACCAAGAACGAAUUGGACGACAUAUUGUCGCCAUUUGAUUUGAAGAGAUUAGACUCCUAUGCCAACAACUUACUUGAUUACCACGUUAUUGUUGAUAUGUUACCGUUAAUUUCUCACUUAUACUUCUCCAAGAAAACUGCCAACCAGGUCAGUUUAUCUUCUAUCCAGUCAGCUAUUUUGUUGGCCAUUGGUUUACAGCAUAAGGACAUGGAUGAAAUCUCCAAAGAAUUGAACUUACCUUCCAAUCAGUCCAUGGCAAUGUUUGCCAAGAUUGUGAGGAAGUUCUCCUCAUACUUCAGAACUAUUCUCAGUAAGGCUAUUGAAGAGACCAUGCCAGAACUUAAAGAAGACCAUGUGAAGGAAUUGGAUGGUGAAGAAGUCGAACAUAUUGAUUAUGACCUUAUUGAAAAGCAAAUGCACGAUGAUUUGGAUGAGGCUGGUGACGAGGCUAUCAAGGAAUUGAGAUUGAAGCAAAGAGAAUUGAUUAAUGCUAUCAACUUAGACAAGUACACCAUUGCAGAUGAUGCUGAAUGGAAUGAAGCCGACGACUCAGUCAAGAAGGCUGUCGAUAAGAAGGGUGUUGUCAGUGUCAAGAACAAGAACUCCAAGAGAAAGGCAGCUGAGAAUGCCGAUGAAAUUUAUGAGAAAGAAAUGAAGGAGGCCCUGAAGAAGCCUAAGAAGGGCAAGAAGUCCAAGCGUUAGGGAAUCCGUUGGAUUAAAUAGAAAAGUAUCACAUCCUUGAUGGCAAUACAUGUAAAAUACACUGAAGUUCAGAAAGUGCCAAAGGCAGAUCUACGUGCCCGUCAAUACUGUAGUCUAUGAAGUGCCAGA